AUGCAAGCUAUGAUCUAUGCGAUCGACGAACUAGUUAAUAGAAAUCCAAAAUUACUACCUGGACUUAAAGUUGGUUGGACAUUGAUUGAUUCCUGUAAAUCGCGAGAACUUGCUAUGGCUUCAUUAGAAUAUCAUUUCAGAAAGUCUAACAUUUUUCAACUGCUAUCAAGCCGAAAUUUAAAUUAUGCCAAUCUUGAUCCUUUUGUCCGAACUCUGCAGUAUAACUUAAAUAAUACAGUUAGUUCGGAACCGCCAAUUAUCGGCGUUAUUGGUGAAGAUUCUGACCAUCUUACUAUUCCUUUGGCCUAUUAUACAAGUUCCUUUCGCGUCAUCCAAAUUACCUAUAAUUCACGUACUACUGCAUUAAGCUCUGGUGUUAUGUGUCCUUAUUUCUAUCGCACGUCUAUAUCAUAUAAACAGCAAGCUGAAGCUAUUGCUGAUAUUAUUAGUAACUUUAACUGGAAUUGGGUUUCAGUAAUAGUUACAGGCUCUACUAUUGAUAGAGAAUUCAGCACUACAUUAUUACGCCAAUUCUCAUUUAAGAAAAUAUGUGUCGCUAAUAAUAUUGUAAUAUCUAAUAAUUAUACCCAAUCUGAUAUGAUUAGCGCUAUACAAAAUCUGAAGAAAACGAUUAAAUCUAAAGUCGUUAUUUUAACAGGUAAUAAUAAGAUCAUCUAUGCGUUACUUAAGCAAGCUCAAUCGCAAAGGCUUACUGGAAUAACAUGGAUCGGUACUUAUAAUUGGUUAACCGAAGCACAAAUAGCAAAUAUUAGCAGCGAUAUUAUCCGUGGCGCUAUUAGUAUCGACGUCAAUAAAAAAAUAAUACGCCACUUUGACGAUUACUUACGUAAACUUAAUUUAUGCGAUAGUCAUGGAAAUCCGUGGUUAUUUGAUGCACGGAAAGAAAUUUCAAAAUCGGCUACAGCUAACUGUAAAUACGGUCCUCAAAUGGCAAGGAUUCUCAAAAGAACUUUUUACGUACCGCAAUCAUUUACAGCUUUUAUCAUGGACGCAGUUUUAGCCUUGGCGUAUUCUUUACAUCAUAAAUUAGGCUGUACUAAUACAUCUUGUCCCGCUCUUAAUGCAAUGGAAAUUAAUCGUGACCGAGAACAGUUAAAUCAUUGUUUAAGAAAUAUUCAAUUUCAAGGAGUUAGUAGCGACUUAAUACAUUUUAACAGUGACGGUUCUAGUGGAACUGGAUUUAACUUUGUUAAUUAUCAAAAUGUAUACAUUAAUAACUUGCAGUCGUUAAGUCCGAUUGUAGUCGGUAACUGGAGUAAGGAAAAUGGGUUAACGAUUAAUUCCACAAAAAUAGUUUGGAAUAGCAAUAAAACUCCAACAUCACGUUGUAGUAGGGAUUGUAAACCAGGUUAUCGCGUAAAUCAUGAUUCCAGCUUACCUCUGAAACUGUGGACAUGUUGUUGGAAUUGCCGAAAGUGCUCUAGGUAUAGUAUCAGUACAACUUAUAAUCAGCUUAAUUGCUCUAGGUGUCGAAAUUUCUUUUACAGUAAUUCAAAUGGAACACAAUGUAUCAGUUAUAAAGUUUUACGUUUCAAUUGGAGAGGAGCUUUUGCAAUUUUAUUUUACAUCAUUUCAUCUCUUUGCGUUAUUAAAAUGAUAUUUACAUGGGUUGUCAUCUACGUCUAUAGAAAUACUCCCGUUAUCAAAGGAUCUAAUUAUCCCUUGAUGAAUUUGUUAUUAUUCUGGUAUGCAAUUUGUAUACUAACAGCGGGAGUAUUUUUGGCACCUGAUAACUCUACUUUAUGUCAAAUACGACUAAUUUUAAUUAAUAUAACUCAAAUCGGAACCUCAGUAACAAUUAUUUGCAGAGUCAAUCAAGUGGCAUUAAUUUUUCAUCGCGGUUUCAAAAAUAAUUUUCAAAAUCUAUUUACGAAAACACGCACACAAAUUAUCCUUAUAUUUACGGUGUUAACCGUUACAAGUAGUAUUAUACUUCUGAUAACUCAAAUUCAACCGGUAAAUAUUCUUAAAAUCGAGUUAGCAGAUAAUACUAUGGAUUUAAUGUGCGAUUAUAGCUCUUCUCCUGCUUUGAUUUGUAUUAUUGUAUUUUGGCUCGCUACAUUGAUUUUAAGCUGCUAUUUGGCCUUUCGUAUUCGGUCUCUACCAGGUAAUUAUAAUGAAUCAAAAAACAUCGCCGCAGCUGUGUUAAUGUAUGCCGCUAUUGAUAUGAUUGGAUUUCCAGCCUUUCUGUCCACAACAGGGCGACUACGUAAACUUAUAGGGUGUUCAGUAGCAUUAUUUUAUGGAAUAGUGACCAAUGCUUGCUACUUUCUUCCCAAGCUUUAUAUCAUCUUCUUUCAACCCGAGUCGAAUACUCGAGAGCAAGCUAUGGUUAGCAUUGCCGAAUAUAACUUUUCAAAGGUCGAUCCAAAUUCUAAAGUUUCGGCAAUAUUGGUAUCUUUUAAUAAGAAUUCAUCGACUAGUUCGCCAUUAGAAUUAAGGAAAAAAGUAACAGCAAGCCGUAUACAACCUCAAAAUAAUUCGAUCACAGAAACUGAAUAUUAA